UUUUUUGUUCGAUUUUUUAACCGGCUUUUGAAAUUGAAAAUUUAUUUUUUCAAAAAAAAAAAUCCUGAUUUUGAAAAUAAAUCCCCGAGAAAAAUGUAUGAUACUGAAUCAAAACCAUCCAAAGUUCGUAUUGAAACAAGUCUUGGUACUUUUGAUGUUGAACUAUAUUGGAACGAGGCACCGAAAACAUGUAGAAAUUUUGCCGAAUUAAGUCGUCGUGGUUAUUAUGAUGGAACGAAAUUUCAUCGUAUCAUUCCGGAUUUUAUUGUACAAGGUGGUGAUCCAACAGCAACUGGACGUGGUGGUGAAAGUAUUUAUGGUUCAACAUUUGAAGAUGAAAUUGUUCCAUCGCUAAAACAUACUGGUGCUGGAAUACUGAGUAUGGCUAAUGCUGGACCAAACACGAAUGGUAGUCAAUUUUUUAUUACAUUAGCACCGGCACAACAUCUGGAUGGUAAACAUACUAUUUUUGGUCGUGUUUACAAUAAUCUUGAUAUUAUGAAAAAGAUAUUCGGCUAUAAUACCUGGCAAUGGCUUUAUUUUUUAAUUGCAUCAACACAAUUAAUAAUAAUAUUUAUACUUACAUUAUUCAAUCUGAAACAAUUGAUCGAUAGUAAUGAAUUAAUGUCAUCAUCAUUUGUUGUUAAUGCAACCAUUCUAAUCAUAUGUGCAUGUGGUAUUUUUGGUUUCAAACAAAAUGAAAUUUGUCUAUUUCUUUUGGCAAUGUCAUUAUGUUGUUUUUAUAUUGCAAUUGAAUUUGCCUUUACUGUUCAAUAUGAUUCUACACUUAAAUUGGCUCGUCUUUGUAUAGCAUUAUCAUUAACAUCGAUAUUAUUAAUAUCAUCAAAAACUGUUGCAAUUUAUUCGGAAGAAUAUUCAAUAAUUGGUGUAUCACCAACAUUACUUUCGAUGUAUAAAUUGCAAUGUUUUUUUCUUGUUUUAUUAAAAUUUGAUUUUCUUUGUGCGGUUUCAUUUGCAUUGUUCAAUAUUGGUGUACCACGUGAUGAACCUAGCUGGCAAUUUAUUGCCAUGUCUAUUUUUAUAUUAAUUUCAACUAUUCAUUGGAUUAUUGGCCGUUAUGCUGUAAUCAAAGAAAUUCAAUCCUGUUUACUUUUGUUUAUAACAAUUUCAACAUUAUCAUUAUUAUGGAUUCCAUUACAGCUAGUUACAUUGGAAACUUGUUUCCGUUUUGAUCAUUGUUCCAAUUCAAUAUUAUUAUUAUCAUAUGGUUCAUUAGUAUCGGCAUUUAUAUUGAUUAUUGUUCGUAUAUGGAUGUUUAUGCAAUUAUUAAAAGUUUAUAAAAAUUUUGGUUAUGGAUUAGCUGAUUCAGCAUUUAUUGGCCUCGUAUCCGAAACGACAAGAUUAUUGAUGCGAUCUUCGACCUAUAGGCAAUCAAUCGAUUGUUUGUAGAACGAUGAAGAAGAAGAAGAAAAAUUCUAUAGAAGUGUAAAUUCAAUCCUUUUUUUCAAUCG